GGCAUCAUAUGUGCGCAUGCGCUAUGCCCUCCCAGUCUACACUACUCAAGCAGAGACGUUUCCUUCCGCCGCCAUCCUCCAUCCCAGAGCAGACAGCAACACAACCCUGCGCUUCAACAUGAGCUUCACAGUGGAACAGAGGGGAAACCUAAACGCCCUGAACUACUGUCUGUUCUUCAAAAAUGCUGCGGGAAAGUACAUCUCACCAUUCCAUGACAUACCAAUGUAUGCUGAUGAGAGCCAGAACAUCUUCCACGUGGUUAUUGAAGUACCAAGGUGGACAAAUGCAAAGAUGGAGAUAACUACAAAAGACGCCUUGAACCCAGUAAAGCAAGAUGUGAAGAAGGGCAAGCUGCGAUAUGUUGCCAAUGUUUUCCCACAUAAGGGCUACAUAUGGAACUAUGGAGCCAUUCCUCAGACAUGGGAAGAUCCCUCACACAAAGAUGCAAACACUGGCUUCUACGGCGAUAACGACCCCAUCGAUGUCUGCGAGAUCGGCACUAAGGUGUGUUCCUGCGGGGAGGUAAUCAAAGUGAAGGUGCUCGGGAUCCUGGCCAUGAUUGAUGAGGGUGAGACUGAUUGGAAAGUGAUUGUAAUCAAUGUAGAGGACCCCGAAGCCAAUGACUUGAACAACAUCAGUGAUGUCCGGCGCCUGAAACCUGGUUACCUGGAGGCAACGGUCGACUGGUUCAGGAUGUACAAAGUUCCAGAUGGGAAACCAGAGAACCAGUUUGCUUUCAACGACGAGUUCAAAGACAAGGACUUUGCCAUUGAGAUAAUCAAGAGCACACACACGUUCUGGAAAGACCUCAUUUCCCAAAAGGUCAAUGCUGGGGAACUGAACUGCAAAAACACAUGCAUCUCGGCCAGUGACAGCCCUUACUACUGUUCAGCGGAUGAGGCUAAAGCUGUUGUUGCUAAAACAAGUCCUCCUGGAAAGGAAGAAGCUAUCCCCUCAUCAGUGGAUAAAUGGUUCUACUUUGAGAGGAAGUAAACCAGCAGCUGUUUGGAUCGAAGCAGAAUGAAAGGCUCAUUGCUCAGAAUACUUGAAGAUGGUCUUAUCAAUAUUAACCAAUGGGAUGCUUUGGGAUGCUUUGGGAUGGGACACGGUCGGGUCUGGGCUGGCUGUUUCCCUGUAGAUAGAGGGAUAGUGGUUAGAUAAUGUAGAGAAAGAGGAAUUAUGUCUUGACCAACACAUGUUCAAUUAUUUAACAAAUAUCUAUUUGGACAUGUGCAACAAAGUACAGGUUCUAUGCCUGUAGAUAAUUGUGCCAUCAUGUAUGAGACUCUGAACUGCAUUAAUAAAGAUUCUCUUUAAAUUGUCA